CAAACGAGAUCAAACUCAUUAUUAACGAUUAAUUUACUCGUUGUUGACUCCGAUGAAAUUAGGUUUAUUGUUGAUCCUAUUUCAAAGGCUUUCUGUUGAUUCAGACACUUAGGUUAGUGUCGCCGUCGCUCUUUUCCUCUUCUCCUCCUCGAUCAGGCGAGAGACAACAAUUAAGCCACAGACGCUAUGUCGUUUAUAAAGCAAUGCUUUAGUUUAUUCGACAAAACCAAACGAAGAAACAAACCCUCCCGUCUGAACGAAGAGAAAAAGAAGAAGAAGAAGAAGAAGAAACUCCACCUAGUGCUUGACUUGGAUCACACUCUUCUCCAUUCUAUCCAUGUGUCAAAGCUUUCUCAGAAAGAAAAAUAUCUAAUCGAAGAAGUUGGUUCAAGGGUUGAUCUAUGGAAGUUCGACAAAGGCAAUCCCAACGAGCAUCUCAUAAAGUUACGACCUUUCCUUGACGAGUUUCUGCGAGAAGCCAACAAGCUUUUCUACAUGUACGUUUACACGAUGGGCACUUACAGGUACGCGCAGAAUGUACUGAGUUUGAUUGAUCCGGACAAAUUAUAUUUCGGAGAUAGAGUGAUAACCAGAGAAAAAAGCCCUCAUAAGAAGACACUUGAUCUUCUCUCUGCUGAUAAACGAAGAGUGGUCAUUGUUGAUGACACGAGUAGUGUUUGGCCGCAACACAAGAGAAACUUGUUGGAGAUCGCAAAGUACAUUUAUUUCAGAGACGGGAUGAAGUGGGAAUCUUAUGCAGAGAAGAAGACAGACGAAAGUCGAAGCAAAGGAGCAUUGUCUAAUGUUCUGAAACUCCUUCAACAAGCUCAUAGAAGAUUCCAAGAUUUUGAUUCUAACGACUUGAGGCUCUUGAUACGUGAUCCUUGUACACUCUGUUGCUUUUGACUCCACUUUUCACUGUCGAUAAG